GGAGGAACCCAACCAAACCUCCUCGUUACCGACCGGAUAACUACCCUGCUGGAUUUCCACCGGGCAGUGCGGAGGGUGCACCACUGAAAGUUUGAUGCCCUAGAGGAAACAUUCACUCAAGUUUGUGCUGAGCGACAGAGGAAUGUGUGAUCUCCUGACCUCCAGGAAUAACGUUACAUUGUCGCCGGAGUCGCGACUUAGUGCAGGCGCUGUAUGAAACAAGUGGAAACCGGCUUGCUUCGCCCCUGGACCGAGGAGCAGCGUUUUUUUGCGCCUGGCUGAGGAGUCGUGCACCGGGUAAGGUUUUGAAAGAUCCUCAUGGGAACCAUGGAAAGUUUGGAAAUGGCAAUAAAAGAGCAGUAGACUUCCACAGGUUGUGUCCAGAGGGAUGUGUUUUUAAACCCAUGCUGCUGGGAGGUCAAGAGGUGACAUGCCUCUAUAAAACACCACUGGAAACAAAUGCUCUGCUGCCAUGCCUCCGGGGACGGUACGUGGUCUUUCAGUGUUAGCAGUUCGGGCACUGCUGUCUCUCCUGCUGCCAGCAAUUGGCUGGCCCUUGAUCUCAUUACCCAGUGGAGUUGUCCAAGGGGCAGACUCCUCCCACUCAAGUCCUUAUCCCACCUUUGUCCGGAAUAACACUGUGUUUGAGCACUUGGCCCUGCAUCCUGACCCCACCGUGGGUCUGGUCUAUAUUGGGGCCCGAGAUCACCUGUUCCAGUUGAAUCGAUACCUCCAACAUGAACGCCAGGAUGACACUGGACCUGUCACGGACAGUCGGGAUUGCUUACCUCCUGUUACUAAGAGUAACUGCCCUCAGGCUAGGACCACCAAUAAUCACAACAAGCUCCUGUUGGUUGAUCCUUACUCCAUGGAACUGAUCACCUGUGGAAGUGUCAACCAGGGAAUAUGUCAGAAACGUAACUUGGAAUAUGUGGAUGAAAUACGAUUCUCCACCACAAGGCCAGUGGAUACCCAAUAUGUAGCAGCUAACCACCCCAACGUCAGUACUGUUGGGCUUGUUGUUCGGCCAAAUCCUGCCAGACAGCCAGUUCUGUUUGUGGGCAGAGGUUACACCAGCAGCCAUCCACCUAUUUCCACAAGAAACCUCCGCCAGGAACCCAUCUUUUCUUAUGAGGAGACUGCUAAAUUGGCUGUGGCUGGCCGUCUCUCCGAAUAUGACCAUCAUUUUGUGGCCUCGUUUGCCCACCGUCAGCAUGUAUACUUCCUCUUCUACAGACGGGACCUCAAGUCACAAUCACGUGAAUACCGCACAUAUGUCUCUCGAGUAUGUUUGGACGACCAGUCCUAUUACUCAUAUGUAGAAGUACCUUUAACGUGCCGUUCCAGGCCAGGAAAAGUUUAUAACUUGCUCCAAGCUGUUCAGCUCGGGCUCUCCAAGGAUGAUGCUGCUAAUCAAGACUCUGACAUUCUUCUUGGUGUCUUCUCCACUCAUUUGGCUUCAUCAACUCGGCUCAGUGAGGACUCUGCCCUCUGCAUGUUUAAUCUAGAAGAUGUUGACCGCAGGAUCAACUCCACCAGAGACCUGUGCUACACACAGAUGGGUAAAGAUGCAGGAGUGGAGGCAGCCUAUAUUGAGUAUGAAGUCAAAUCCAACUGUGCCAACCUGCCAGAGAACACGCUGGAUGCCUACCCCUGCGGAUCUGACCACACCCCUAGCCCAAUGGCCAGUCGAAUCCCUGUGGAGGCCGAAACCAUAUUGGACAGUCCGUCUGCCCGUCUCACUGCUGUGUCAGUCAGCGUGAGGGCGGGACAUACCAUCGCCUUCUUGGGAGACUCCAAAGGGAACCUACACAAGGUGUUCCUGGGGCCAAACGGCGAAGUGGAGGAGUACUCUGUCAUCACCAUUCAGCCGAAUGCAGCCAUCAGCUCGGACCUCAUCCUUGACCAGAAAGAGGAACAUCUCUUCAUCAUGACCCAUAACAUGCUGCAGAAGAGGCCAGUGGCUGAAUGCCAGCAGCACCCAGACUGCUACUCCUGCCUGCUGGCCCACGACCCCUACUGUGGCUGGUGUGUCCUGGAGGGAAGGUGUGUGUUGCAGUCUGAGUGCACUCGUGGGAACCAGGCAGGUCAGUGGCUGUGGAGCUUCGACAUGGAGCAGCAGUGUCUGACCGUCCAGGACCUCAUCCCCUCCAACGUCAGCAGCGAGGAGAGCAGAACGGUAUCUCUGUCAGUCCCAGGUCUGCCAGUGUUGGAGAAGGAUGAGUCCUACACCUGCCUCUUCCAGGACAGCAAAAGUCCUGCUACUGUCACCAAGACCGGAGUCACCUGCCAAUCGCCCGACACCAGCAGAGUACCAAAGGUGCCUUCGGGACAGGACUUUGUCACAGUCACGUUGUCUCUUCGUUUUGGCAACGUCACGGUCACAUCACGGGAUUUCAUCUUCUAUGACUGCAUGGCUGUGAAGCGGCUGUCUGGCAGCAUGCCUUGUCGCGGUUGUGUUCUGAGCCAGUGGGGCUGUAACUGGUGCGUUCACCAGCACUUGUGUACCCACAAGCCCACCUGUGAGCAGGGGGUGAUCAUCUACAACCAACACUUUGAGCUCCCCACCUCAGCUCCUUCCCCAACUAAAACUAUUAAAGUCAUCACAACAACCAGUCCCCCAACAGCUGCCCCGACAACCAUCACUACGACAACCACCAUGACACCUUCCACAACAACAGCAACUGUCGCCACAACGACUACAACUGCAGCCCCCGUCACUGUAGCAACCACUCCUGAGCCGACCACCCAUAGCACGCCCACUAGUCCACCCACUACCACCAGCAGCCCUGAGCUGACCACCUUGCCCCCUCAACCGGUCCCCACCCUGCCACCCACUACAGCAGCCCCGACCACGCCUCCAGAGGGCACCACCAUGAAGGAAGAAGAGACAGAAGCGGUAGAGCUCAUCAUUGCCACUCAGAGUGUAACUGCAGGUCCUGUGGUUACGCCCACUGUUGCAGUGGGGACUGCAGAGUUACUGCCUGUCACCAUGGCUGAUGGUCUAAGUGGAGAUCUGGACCCUGCAAUGCCUCUGGUGAUACCAGACUCUUUCCCCCUGGGGGCGGUGACGGAGUCCCCCCCCAACGACACCCAGGAAGCUGAGGGAGCACCGAGCCUGGCUGAGCCUCCCACCCCGACCUCAUCUGGCUUCCCCCUGCCAACGCCCUACCCAGUGGACGAACCAGCUUACUCUGAGCCCUCCUUCUAUGUAGACCUGACCCAUCCGCCGAUACUGAUGCCCACGCAAGAUUCAGAGGGAGGUAUCCCAGCUGCUGACCCUGAGGUGGUCCUCUGGCCAACGGAAGAAGUGGAUGUCCCUGCUGAGGGAGCUGUCCAGUCAGAAAAUGACACAGCCACAUUUUCAGCUACCACUGUGCUGUCAGGUGAUGGUGAGGUUGACCAGGCAGCCCCAUCGUACCCCCACCUGUUCAAUUCUGACUCAGAGAUGGACUACCAGUAUGAUUCGGCUGAUGCCUACCUCCCGGGGGACGAGGGCUCCUUCGUCAGCUGGGGUUCUUCAGCUUGUCCCUGUGUGGAGAAGGUCCAGGGUUCAUCGUUGCUCCCUGUCAGAGUGGAGAGGAAGAUCACUUUACUAGCCCGCAACCUGCACCUCUAUCAGGACACAGACCUGGACUACGAGUGUGUGUUGGUCAUUGAAGGGCAGACGGUGGUGGUGGACGCCUACGUGGAAACUGAUGAUAUGAAUCCAUUCAACUUUGACAUUACCUGUCAGCUACACCAGUACACGUACUCCGCUCCAGUGGAGGAAUACAACGCCAUGGUGUAUGUGAAGAGGAGGGACACCUUCCAUGUGGACAGCUCUAAUGAUCUCUAUGUGACUUUGUACAACUGCUCUGUGGGCCGAUCUGACUGCAGCCGCUGCCAUACAGCUGACCAGAAGUAUGGUUGUGCGUGGUGUGGCACUGCUCAGGCCAGCUGCCUGUAUUCAGACUCCUGCAGUGAACCUGCACAGCACACAUGUCCUGCCCCAGUCCUCCAUUCUAUUGAGCCGCUCUCUGGUUUGCUGGAAGGAGGCACCAAGGUGACCAUAUCCGGCUCCAACCUGGGCCAGAAGGCUGAAGACAUCCUUGACUCUGUAUUAGUAGCUGGAGUGGCCUGCACCGUCAUCCCCAGCCUCUACGAGGUCUCCUCCAGGAUCGUAUGCAGGACCAAAGCCAGUGGAGGAGAGAAGAUGGGCCAUGUGUCUGUGAAAGUCAGUGGAGGAGAGUUUGGUCUGUCCAGCCAGCUGUUCAGCUACCAGGACCCAUUCGUGAUGGGGGUGUCUCCUCAAAGGGGGCCCAAGGCCGGAGGAACGUCCCUGACAAUCACUGGCCGACACCUGCUGACAGGCCGCCGCUCUGACCUCAGCAUCACUGUAGGAGGAGUGCCCUGUAACAUUGUAUCAGAGGUGCAAAGUUCCAGUGUUAAGUGUGUGACCGGCAGCAGUAACAAGACAGGAGAUCAGCGGAUCACCUUGCAUUAUGGCAGCAGUCAACGUCACCUCCACUCUCCAUCCUACCGCUACACCCACAACCCCAACAUCACCCACGCUGCUCCAGCCAAGAGCUUCCUGGAUGGUGGUCGACUGAUCUAUGUGGCGGGGCACAAUCUGGACGUGGUGCAGGAGCCCCGGAUGGUUGUGACGGUCUCUCCCUACGAGUCCAUCAGCCAGAGCAAAAUGAGAAGGAGAAGGAAGAGGAGGACUACACACAGGGAGGACAGAGAGAAGACACCAAGAAGGCCAGCCAGGAUGGUUCCAGACCCUGUCUGCCCUGGAGACCCACUCUGCUCUGUCAAACAGUUCAUGGAACGCUGUGAGGUGAACUCCUCCACCCUGAUCCUGUGCCACUCUCCGAUGGUGGACUCCUCCGUCUGGCGGUCAAAGGUCACAGUGGAGUUCCUGCUGGACAACCUGCACUUUGGAUUCAGCAGUUUGAACCCACAGUCCUUCAGCUACGAGCCCAACCCCGUCCUGCGCAGCCUGAACCAGCAGGAACCUCUGAAGGCCUACCGCUACAACCCCGGCAGCUUCAUCCAGCUGGAGGGAGAAAACCUGGACCUGGCCAUCACUAAGGACGAAGUGGUGGUGUUGAUCGGGGAGGGUGUGUGUGCUGUGAAGACCUUGACAAAAAACCAUCUGUACUGUGAGCCUCCACCUCAGCAGCCCACACCAGGGCUCAACGGCAAGAAACGAGAGGGUUCCGACAACCUCCCCGAGUUCACUGUCCAAAUGGGAAACCUGAACUUCUCUCUUGGUAAAGUUCUGUAUGACAACCUCAGCCCGUCCACCUUCCCCCUGGAGGCUCAGAUUGGAGUCGGAGUCGGGGCGUCCAUCGUGGCCCUCAUUGUCCUCAUCAUCGUGCUCAUCUACAGGAGGAAGAGCAAGCAGGCCCUGAGGGACUACAAGAAGGUCCAGAUCCAACUGGAGAACUUGGAGACGAGCGUGAGAGACCGCUGCAAGAAAGAGUUCACAGACCUGAUGACGGAGAUGAUGGACAUGUCCAGUGACCUGGGGGGCUCAGGGAUCCCUUUCCUUGACUACCGGAAGUAUGCUGAACGCAUUUUCUUCCCUGGCCACCGAGAGUCUCCGCUGAGGCGGGAUUUGGACGUUCAGGAGUGUCGGCGGCAGACGGUGGAGCAGGGUCUGGUGCAGCUGUCCAACCUGCUUAACAGCAAACUGUUCCUCACCAAGUUCAUUCACACGCUGGAGAGCCAGCGGACAUUCUCUCCCAGAGACCGAGCCUAUGUGGCCUCCCUGCUGACAGUGGCACUUCAUGGCAAACUAGAAUAUUUCACUGACAUCCUCAAAACUCUCCUGAAUGACCUGGUGGAGCAGUAUGUGGCCAAGAACCCCAAACUGAUGCUGCGACGAACAGAGACAGUGGUGGAGAAGCUGCUGACCAACUGGAUGUCCAUCUGUCUUUAUGCUUUCGUCAGGGACUCAGCAGGAGAGUCUCUCUACAUGUUGUUCAGGGCCAUAAAGCACCAGGUAGAUAAAGGACCAGUGGACGCUGUAACAGGCAAGGCCAAGUACACUCUCAAUGACAACCGGCUGCUGCGAGAGGAUGUGGAGUACAAGACGCUGACUCUGAACGUGUUAGUGCAGGGUGGGAGUGUGAAUGAGAACCAGCCGCUGCCUUCCAAAGUGCUGGACUGUGACACCAUCACACAGGUGAAGGAGAAGCUGCUGGACCAGGUUUUCAAGGGCACUUCCUUCUCCAACCGACCCCAUGGCGACUCACUGGACCUGGAGUGGCGGUCUGGUGUAGCCGGUCAUCUCAUCCUUUCAGACGAGGACUUGACGUCUGUGGUUCAGGGCAACUGGAAGCGCCUGAACACACUGCAGCACUACAAGGUCCCAGACGGGUCCACAGUAGCACUGGUCCCUCGCCACAACAAACACAUUCACCAUGACAACCAUGACUAUAUAGCAGGAGAGAAAACGCCGAUGCUGGAGGAUGCAGAUGAGGGUGGAGUGCGGCUGUGGCAUCUAGUUAAAGCCAGUGAAGAGCCCGAGUUGCCCAAACACCGCAGAGGCAGCCUGAGAGAGAGGGAGAGGGCCAAGGCCAUCCCUGAGAUCUACCUGACCCGUCUGCUUUCCAUGAAGGGCACAUUGCAGAAGUUUGUAGACGACCUGUUCACAGUGAUCCUCAGCACCAGCCGUCCUGUCCCGCUGGCUGUCAAAUACUUCUUUGACCUGCUGGACGACCAGGCAGGACAUCAUGGCAUCUCUGACCCGGAGACAAUCCACAUUUGGAAGACCAACAGUCUGCCUCUGCGCUUCUGGAUCAACAUUGUGAAGAACCCUCAGUUUAUCUUUGACGUCCAGGCGUCGGACCACGUGGACGCUGUGCUCUCCGUCAUCUCCCAGACAUUCAUGGACUCCUGCACCAUCGCUGAGCACAAACUAGGACGGGACUCGCCAAUCAACAAGCUGCUGUAUGCCAGAGACAUCCCCCGAUACAAGCAGAUGGUAGAAAGGUACUAUGCUGACAUCAGACAGACCAUCUCAGCCAGUGACCAGGAGAUGAACUCUGCUCUUGCUGAACUGUCCAGGAACUACUCUGGAGAGCUGAAUUACCUGGUCGCCUUGCACGAGCUCUACAAGUAUAUAAACAAAUACUAUGACCAGAUCAUCACAGCGCUGGAGGAGGACCCCACGGCCCAGAAGAUGCAGCUCGGCUACAGGCUGCAGCAGAUCGCUGCUGCUGUGGAGAACAAGGUCACUGACUUGUGACAGAGGAGACGCCCACUGGUGUGGCAGCAAACAGAGUGGGGUGGGAGUGUGGGAGGCAAAAUUAAGAAACCUGCAGUCUGCAGGUUGAACUGAGAAGCAGGACAGCGACGGACAAAUGAGCAAGGGGCUUUUAGUUUUUUUUAGUUUUUAUUUAAAGAAACUUUUUUUCAGAUCAGAAGAUUUUAGUUGGCAUUAAAGUUCAUGUCCCAGCACCGUUUGUCCUCUUGCCAAUGAGGAUGCAUCUGUGCAGUCCAGAGACUGAAGAAACAAAACCGCACAUAGACACUGAACAAACCUGGACGAGGAGACACCGGUCAAACCUGCUGCCGUGCUGAAUAUGAGGAGAAGUUUGGAUGAGUAGAAAAAAUGCUGGACUUGACACUGUUGUCUUUGACAGCAGCUCAUGUAAAAGAAAGCAGCUGAGUGAUCUUAACAGAAACAGGGAUUUGACGUCAAUGUUUUCCCCUCUGUAGUAAAUUUCACCAAGAGGUACCUUUUUUUUAAGCCUUGUGUGCUUUUAACUGCUGUAUGAUCACAAAUCUGUGUGGGUACGUGCGUGUGUGCGUGCGUGAGUGUGUGCGUUGUCCAUGUUGCCCUGGUUGUCUACAUCUUGCAUUUGUGGCUCUUCGUACAAAAUACUGAAGUCAGUGGUUGUGAUAUUUUGGAUGAUACAGGGAGCAGUAUUUUGAAAAUGCAGCGAACUGAUCUAGAAGUCACCAGUUUCACAUGUUUUAAGAAGGAAUCCUGCCACUCUCUACCUCGCCUGCUGCGCUGCAUUACAUUUGCCCUCAUUUCUUUGAUGUUAAAACCCCAAGAAAAACACUAUGUACCAAACUUCUAUCUGAAACCACCAGUACAGCAGCACUGUUAACAUCAGUCCUCGGUACACAUAUACAGCAGCACCUGCUGGACAUCUCAUUUGAAGCGGUACGCACGCACACAGAAACACACACAGACAUUUCUAGUUCAUUAUUGUUUUGCCUUUGUAAAGAUUGCGAGUCAGAACCUGCUUGUUGGGUUAUUUAAGGUACUUAAAACCAGAGCGACACUUUACACUUUUUUUUCCUCGCUUUUCGACUUAUUCAAGUGGGUGUGUGUAUAAUGUACAAGUCACUGGAAAGAUGUUAGUGGAAAAACAGAAAUCCUUCCAUAAAAGAAACUCAUAUUAUUGAAGUGGAGUCCUAGUGCGUGCUGUAGUAUUUUAUCGUGUAUUUUUCGAUUUUGUAAAUUUUUUUAACAUUCCUUUUAGGAUUUGAACAGUGUCUUAAAUCAUGGUUCACCUUGUUCUUCAGGCUGAGGCAGUGGUACAUGUCUUUUAUUUUGUUAUUGGCAUUAUGGUUGGUAUACAAUUAUUGUAUUGAACACAAGGUGGCACUGCUUCACGUUCUGAAGGUCUGUAUGGCAUUUUGUUAUGUCAACUUGUUCCAGGUUAUGUAUUGAUUCUACUGCUACUGGUUCAGUAGGUGAAGUCGACAUCGUCACAGCUUCUCGCUGGAAGCACAGAGACUUUUCAUACAAGCUGAUGUUUGCUGAUGUUUGUUUUUAUUUAAAUGACACAGACUGAUACAGUUUCCCUUUUUAAAAGUGUUUCCUAACUACCCUGUAUGGUCGGGGGUGGUACUUCAUUUGUUUUGGUUUAGAGUCACAGAAAUCACUGACUGGGCUCAGCAAGAAGGAAUCUACGUCGACUGGAAGACAGACUUUAACAGAGCGAAGGUACAGAUCUUGUGCUGGUUUCAGAUUUUAGAUAGUUGGAUGUUGACUGAACACACAGCUGCUCAAGAGUUAAAAUACACAAUAUUUAUAAGAAGACAAGACUGAGAAUCGUACUAAAUACAGUGCCAACCAUAAUAUUAAAAGUCAUCAAUACUCAAAUCAGAGCUAAAGACACAGUUCAGACUCCACAGUGUUAAGGUUUGAGAGCCUGCCCUGCUCAUCAGUGAUGUGCGUCCACUGAGUGUCAUUCCCAGGUCUUGGAGCAGCGUGUCAGAAUGUAGCCCGUAGGUUUGUCACUACACAAGCUGAUGAUUCAAAUGAACAGAUAGUUUGCUGUGUCACAUGCUGUUAGCUCAGAUGGGACUGAGAGCUCAGUGAUGAUACAGAUAAAUCGGCCUGAGGGAAAACUCUUAACUGUUAUUAGGUUGUAAAAACUUGGCAAUGUAGUAGAGGCUCUACAGGGAGCCGCUUUAAGGAUAUUUCUUACUUUGUGUGUUAAUAUCAUUCUGAUUUCAAAUGUAACUGUAGCGAUUUAACAUGUUUAAUAAGAAAAGGUUGAAAUUCUCACAUACGCUGAUGUAAUAAAGUAUUCUUAAAAUGA